CACCUCCAUUCUGGGAGAACUUAGAACAAGCCCCUCCCACUGGUUCUCACCUGAAGCAGGAAGUGAACAGGCCGGACGGAUCGUGUCUGCACUGCGAAACUUUUGCGUGUUAAAGCCGCGUAACAGACUGAAAUAGGAACAAAAGGAGCAUCUUGGAACAAACGUGAAGUUACACACAUUGUUUGAUGUCUAUGUCGGUCGAGGAUUUGUUGGUUUGGUCGCUGUCCAAGCAGCAGAAACGCCGCCUGUCACACCUGCUUCUCACAGUCCUGCUGCUCGGUGGCUGGACAGCAGACGGAGCUGAGAAUGGGUCCGAGGAGGAGGCAGUGUACUCCAUGCGUCUGGCCGGCGUCCACUCCAGCGGGGACAUUGUGGUGAAGGAGGGAUCCAGCAAGCUGAUAGAGUGCAAUGUGACCGGAGGCUACGAUGACUUCAAGUGGUUCAACUCUAAAGGACCUCUGCUGGGUGAGAAGUGGCAGAUUCAGGAGAAUGGCGUCCUGAACAUCACUGUGGUCUCCUUCAAGGACCGUGGCCGCUACACCUGCGUCACUUCCAACGGCACAGGCCAGACCAAAAACUACACCGUCACUCUUCGUGUAGCCCACAACGACAGUGGCCUGGGCAUAUACUUCAUCGUCGUGUGCCUGUUGGCCUUCUCCAUCACCAUUCCCCUCAACGUGGCGCGGCUCUGCAUGGUCAGCAGCCACCUGAAGAAGACUGAGCGAGCCAUCAAUGAGUUCUUCCGCACCGAAGGCGCAGAGAAGCUGCAGAAGGCGUUAGAGGUCGCCAAGCGCAUUCCCAUCAUCACGUCGGCCAAGACGGUGGAGCUGGCCAAGGUCACGCAGUUCAAGACCAUGGAGUUCGCCCGUCACAUGGAGGAUCUGGCUCGGAGCGUUCCUCUGCCGCCGCGUUUACUAAACUGUCGCACGUUCACCGAGGAGGUCGUGGAGACGGGGAAAGCAAGGCCUCAGCCUGCAGAGCAGGUUAAGACCUCAGUGUCUAUGAACAGACAGGCCAUAGGCCCUGCCUCCGCCUACAGAAGGGGAGACGAGGAGAAGGGGGUGGAGGUGUGUCAGGCGCUGCUGUCAAGUGGAGGGAACAAGGAAGACGUCAUUGAUGUCAAAGUUUCCGUCCACACAGUUUCUGAUAAGGACGCUGAGAUGGGCCUCCAUGUGCCAGGCUCCCGAACAAGCGUGUCCUAUGAGAGCAACAUAUAACUAUCUCAGUCUGAAUCCCAUCACAAGAAACUGAUCUUCUGAAGUGUAAGGUGUCGAACUGCACGUGCUUAGAAGAGAUUAAAAAAAAAAAGAAUUAAAAAAACAUAAGAAAAUUGUGGGGUUGGUUUUCGUUUUAGAUUUUAGUGAUGCUAGUUCUUCUUAUCGAGUCCUGGGUCAACAUCUUUUUGAGUAAGAAAAGAAAAGACAACAUGUUUGUUUUUCUUUUGAUGGACAUACUAUCUAUGAUCUUGGACAUUAUGACGUCAUCUGUGGCGACGAAAAUACCUGCUGAGUCAUGUGUAUUCUCCUUCCUGCAUGAAAGACCUUCGUCACGCUUACAGCGGUCUCAUCUGCCACAUUAUUAACAUUACACACAUGCGUAACCAGUGAUGAGGUCCCAUUUUGCUUUGAGGAACAAGAAACGACCACCGACACUCUGCAUCAACAGAGCUUGUGUCUUAUAUACAUUUUUAAUGUUUAAUUCUCAUGUUUGCGUCGUCCCAUUCUGUGGGUGUCUCUGCGCACAGCUAGUGUAGCAGCAGAUAAACACGUAGGAGCUCGUCCUCAUUCAGAAGACAACGUUCGCUGGUUUUCACUUUGACAGUCUGUCAGCUUCUACAGAACAAAAAAUAAAUAAAAAUAGCCGUAUUGUAUUGUGUUGAUUGUUGUCCUGUCAAUCAUAUGACACUCACAGGAAGAAGUGGAAGAAAUAAUGCCUCAAUUACAUGUCACUUCAUAGACUUAAUUGCUAUCUCCAUGUCUCCUUUAUUUAGGUCUUUGUUAUUAAAGACAAAAAGUGAAUUGCUGGUUACGUUUUGUUUCAGACUGUUUCAAUGAAAAAAAA